AAUAAUUAUGUCAAAGAUGGCGGCGAAAUUAAGGAAUGGAUCGUAUCAUUUACUGGCCGAAAUUGGGGCACGAAUACUCUUGUUCGCUAUAUUUGUGUAAGUUUAUUGCAUUCCUUUAUGUUUUUUUUUUCUGUCAGAGGUUAAGCUUCCUCGUAAAAUUGGGUUUUUAUCUAUGAAUUCUUCUAAGGUAAAUAGUUGACGCGUGGAAUAUUCGUGAAGACCCGGUGAACUCCACGCAUGUAUUAAAUGAGGGAUAGAUCCACAAAUGCAUUCAGUCAAUCAAAUUACCCGAAAUAGAAUAUACGUGUAUGAAAAUUGAAGAUACAAGACAUGCAUAAGGUCUUUCAAUAAACUGAUCUCAACUAAAAUCAUCUGUUGACAGCUGUUUGUGUCAGGUUUUCUAACUCUUGGCUCGUAGUCUAUGUCGCAUGCAAACAGUCUAAAUCCCCAGCUAUAUCAAAUUUUCUAUCCGGCUCUCGAGCAUCAAGUCCGGCUGUAACGCAGGCAAUUGACUUGUUGUUGUGAGAUAAAAUAAUAGAUUAUAUCGCAGUUUAUUGUACGCAGCUCAGGAUACAAAGGUGAUAGGAAAUCUCACAAAGAAACUGAUCCAUUUUCAUUGGUUGAUUGGUAGGGUUGGUGAGUUUUCUGUCCAUUAAUUAAUGAACUGAUUAAAUGUACAUUUUAUCAAUAAUCAUUGUCACAAUAAAAGACAAACCUGUUACAGUCAAACUCAGAUAACUGUGAACAUUUUGAGGGUGUAACACUGUGUUUGUAAUAGGAAGGGGUGAAGCCAGAAAAUUCAGGAAGAAGGACUGGGAGGCCUACCAGCUCAGAAGGUUCUAUUAAUUUAUUGCUUAAUGAACUGAAAGAGCAUCUCAAACUUUCAUCUCCAAAAUUUAAUGUGCUUAAAGAAGACAGAUUUUCUUGAGAUUGCUAUAUUUUAACACAUUUCAUAUAAAAGGGGCGUCCACAGCCCCCUCCCCAUCUAAAGCCACCAAUGAUUUCAAGAAUUUUUGUCUUCUGCCCAAUAGCAGCAAAGAUAAGGAAGUGUGCAUAUGCCAUAGAGACUAAAAACUAAUUACCAUUGUUUCCUGCAAUUUAGUUUUCUUAUGUCUGCAUGGCUUUUUCCUUGCGAAAUACAUUUAAUAACAUUCCCAAAAUAUUACUGAUGUUUGCAGUUUUCUGAGUUUCACAGUAGGCUAAACAACAAUAAGCACACGUUAUCCCUCAGUACCUGGGAAUUAGUGAGAAUUGAUCAAUGUUAUUUUUUCUCUUUUCAGGGCACUUGAAUAUACAGCCCCAUUUGUUCGUGUCAUUCACCAAGAGGAAAUGUGGUUAUAUCAAAAUCCUAAGUCAGAGAACACUAUUUCUACAGAAAUAUUGUUUGUAAGUUUCUCUAGGAGCUUCACUACUUUUUUAUAGAUUGGUUCUAGAUAAAUGGGGUCAUGUCUCAGUAAAGAGCCUGCAAGUCCUGUUAUGUAGGUUUACAUGUACAGGUGUAGUUUUGAUAAUUCUGGGGGUGAAAUAACUCACUGACUUUCUUGCAGUUUAAAUGGAAUUAUUGUUCUUUCAAAAUAUUUCCCCAAUUCUGAUUGGCUAAAAGCCCACGCAUAAUUCACCAUAACCAGUUACUGAUGACCGAAUUUGGAAGAAUUUUGUGUUUAACGAGGAAAUGACAUCAAAAAUGCAGCUACAGGUUAAGGCACCAUUACUGAGAAGAUCUGGGGACGAGGUUAAGUUGUUUUGGUUGUGACAAAAAAAUGGCAGACAUUUUACUUGUUUCAAGAGUAAGAACUACAGCUGGAACUAGGCAAAAUAAUAGGCCUCUGUGUGUAACACCCUCCUCGAUCUGCUUAAUUCUUCAUAUCCUACUCAGCCUCAUUCAUUAAUUGCUAAAUAAACUACAUGUACAUCUCUGUUCUCUGCGAUGUUUUGAUACUACAGUGGAACCUCCAUAAAGUGGUUCCCUUUGGGAUGACUGGAAGUUGUUGCAGAAAGGAGUUUGGCUCCUCAGUAAAGUUUUGUCAGAAAUUAGGAUAACCUUUGGCAAAACGUCACUGAAUUGUGAAGCAAACAUUUGUCCAGGUUUUUGACAAUUUUUACACAAGAGACAGCUCUAAUUACACUGAACAAAACUACAGUAUUGUUUCAAAGAAGCAAAUUCUCCUCAAAAUGUUUUGAUGAGGCUCUCCUAACUUGACAUGAACAAUACUAGAAACUAUGGCACUAACUUUACAACCAGAAAAGACAGAAAUGUCUGUAACUGAAACGUUACAUUAUUGGUCCAUGAUAAGUCGUUACCCUCUAUCUCAGACUGUAUUUUCCUUAUUGUAAUAUUAUUUUCAAAACAAAGUCAAACUAUAUGUGAGUAAUUAAAUUAAGCUCCAUGGUUGCUAUAGAAAUGACCAGGGGAUGUACUUCCUUAUAAAAGCCUAAUGGGAAUGUGCUGCUGGAUGGGGUCUCAUUUUCACGACUGGAUUGACUAAAACGGGGUCGCAUUUUCAAUAGAGUUACUAGAAUGGGGUUGCACAGUUUCUGAUUUUUGUUGUAAGACAGUUCUUCAUUUUUACAGUUAGCAAAUGUACCCCGGAGCCAAAAGAUAGCCACAGAUGCUUGAAAGAGUUGGCUUACUUAAUAGAGGUUGAAUUUACAAUAAUUUUUUGUGGACUUUGAUUACUGGCCACUUAACAAGGGGUGGCCCCUUAAAAUUAAUGGGUUCCAACUUUGUUAGAAUGCUUAGAAUGUAUCACUCAUCAGACAGCCAUUUAACAAACACUACUUUAUCUUACUAGGUAAUUUCUGCAAUCAUUCCAAGUGCUCUUAUCUUAAUUCUGGCGUUUUUACGCAAGGACAAGGUUGAUGGCACACAGGCAAUCCUUGGUAGGCAUUAAUGUGUUUCCUUUUGUUCUGAGUCUUACUUUAAAGUACCAUUCAAUCAGUAAUAACAUAAGCAACAACUGAACAACAUUAGUUGAGCUAAGAGAAUACCUGUAAUCUCUUGAGAUGUUAGACCAUGCCAGGUCAAACAGUUAAAAAAAACAUUCCCCUAACAGUUUAUAAAUAGAUAAUCAUGGUUAUCAGAUAUCACUUUGGGAAACUUCGGGUGGAUUUGUUUUCAGCAUACCCAUAUAGCUGACACCUUUGCCUUCUUCAACAUUUUAUUGCAAAAGAAAUUAAAAGCAAUGAAAAAAUUCCAGCAUGCAAAUGUGAUAGCUACAUGUAUAUAAAUCCACUCUCAGGAAUACUGAAAUUGACAGUGUAAAUACAAAAGGGUUUGAAGUCUAGUGGGACAAACAGCUUCAAAUUUCAAAAGCAUAGAAAAUAGGGUGACAAAUAAAAACGCAGGGUUCGCAAAUACGCCAAAUUUGGCGUAUUUUACGCCAAAAUUGUUCAGAUGACUCCACAGAGGUUACGGAGGGAGUCACUUCGACUUCAGAAAUUUUCGGUAACAAACAGGGAGCCACUUCGACUCCAGAAAAUUUCGGUAACACACACAGUUUUGUCCCUACCUUUUUCGGAACAAAUGCAAUUUAUGUUAAUUGUAAACGUUGCCAACCUUAAUUAAAUCAUCAAAAUUAAAGAAUGAUACUGCACGACAAAACAGGAAGAGGGUAAAUUACGAUCAAUGUUUACUCGAUGACCGCCAUCAUGGAUUUGAGCUUUCUAGAUCAGUGGACCGCCACAGCUACACCAUGUAUCCAUCACGAUAGUUAUUCAUGCCAGGACCACAUGCUGUAAAGUCUGAAAAUGGCUUUUUUCGUUGUGAUACUUGACUCCAAAUUUUCCAAAAUGACUCCAAAAUUUGUGAAGCGGAAGUCACAGUGACUCCACUCAUCAAUAAAAUUUGCAAUCCCUGAAAAACGCUUUAAACACCUCACAGCUUGUCACAACAUAACAGUGUCACAAUGUCAAACAGUAUAAAACGUUUGUCUUCUGGAAAAUAAAGUUGGCUGUAAUCUACUGUUGUUCCGAUUUUGUGACUGUUUGACCAGGGUCCUGUUUCUUGAAAAGGCCUGGUAACUUUUUGGGCCCAAAGGCAAAUUUUAAAAUCAAAACAUGUUAAAUAGUACCAUAGUUCCCAGCUUACAAACUUGUCUCUUGUGCUUUGUUAACUGAUAGUUUCAUUUUAUAGCUUUUAAAAUUAUUGAAACUUUGAUUUUGAAUGCAAGCAGGGCAAACUUAACAGCUUUCUGGGCCCCAAAUGUUAUUAGGGCUUUCAAGAAACACAGCCCAGGCCUUUACUUUUCCUAAUUACCCAUCUUCCAAAUCAUGUUUGACUCAUUGUCAGUGAUUUUUUGUUCCCAUCUUUUCCAGCUUUGUCCCUAACUCUUGGACUGAAUGGAGAUGUGACUAAUAUUAUUAAAAUUCUUGUAGGCAGGUAAGAGAUAGAAAUAGGAAUGAAUAGAUUGUCAUCUAGAGCAAUGAAACAAGGCUUUCAGAAAGUGCUUGAGCCUUAUGCAAAGUUAACCAAUGUAUUAUAAUAAAUAUUAAAUUACUACUCAGUUGAACCUUUUUUUGGUCAGGUAUAUGGCUGAAUGAGUGGGUUGGUGUUGUGCCAAAUUAAUAUUAGUCCAACACGGGACUGUUCUGGGAACAUUGUUACUUUCUAUAUCAGCCAUUUUGAUAGCCUGAAUUUCAUCCGAUUACUUCGAGUCGUUAUUACUCCCUCAGUAACGUCUGAAUCGACCGGCCGUUAAUGCCGUCCAGUGACGUCAUUACUCCUUGACAUUUGCUUUAAUUCAUGCAAAAAGUAAAACACGAUUUUCAAGUGGCAAAGCGAGAAAUAUCGUUUGGAAAUGUCUGCAUGAUACAGAAUUACUUUAUUUUUUCGAUCGUAAUUCAUGUUUAACGUUCAAACUAUCAACUGCAUGCAGUACAACACUGAACCGGUUGUACUGAAUUCUAUAAUUAAACUCGGUCGCAAUCACGCAAUGAAAUAAACACACACACGAAACACUUAGUUCAAAAACACAAUGAUUUGCUUCAAUUGAAAAGAAGCUAUUUGGUCCUUAACGAAGAAAAAAAAACAAGAAAACAAGAAAGAAAAAGCUAACAGAAUCAUUACAUCUGAAGGUGAAAAUAGCAAGAAGGUCGAGGUAACAUUGCUCUCAGAAAUUAUAACAUUGCUCUCAGAAAAUUGGCGUAAACAAAAUUACCUACCGAAACCACAAAGCGGCUCUAAAUGAAAAACCUACCGGAUUCUUCAUUCAGUUCAAUUUAGCAUUUCAGUUUCAAGACAAGGGCAAUUUUGCUGUUUAAGAUAAAGAUUACGCUUAUCAAAUGUUUGAAAAAAGAAUGCCAUGCCAGGGAUGCGAUCCGCUGAAAAUCAGCGACAAUCCGCUAAAAUUUUCCAUAAUUAUACAUAAUUAUGCGAAUGUUUAGACAAUCACUCCAAUCAAAAUCACUACCCGGUUUUCGGGUAGUGAGUGACGUCACUGGACGGCAUUAACGGCUGGUCGAUUCAGACGUUGUUGAGAGGAGAAAACGACUCGAAGCAAUCGGAUGAAUUUCAGGCUAACAUUUUGAGGUUUUAUCAGCCUUGUGUUGCACUAUUUCCACAAUCUUAAAAUACAGUAGCCAUAAUAUAAGUACAGUGGAACCUCAUGGAAUUUGUGACUGUCUCUACCCUGAAGUUCACUCUUCAGUUGAUUCAAAAUUAUCAGACAGAGUAAAUCAAACUACAUGAAUUACAUUGCCAACAAGUCAAAUAAGAUCUAUUAUGGGAUUAUCUUGCAGGCCUCGGCCCGACUUCUUCUGGCGUUGUUACCCCAAUGGGAGUAUUCCUCCAACCCAGCAGUGCGAUGGAGAUCCAGAUGAGAUUCAAGAAGGCAGAAAAAGCUUUCCAAGUGGGCAUUCAUCAUGUUAGUUCCAUUCAGUAGUAAUUUGGCUUUAUUAUGAUCAGUGGGUAGAAAUUAGUGGUGCAGAGAUCAUUGAUUAGAAUACUGUUAAAAAUACAGUGGAAGCUCUUGUAAGCAGACACCCUCAGGACGCUAACAAAGUUGUCUGUAACUGGAGCUCGGGCCUCAUACAAGAAUGUAAAAAUACAGAGUUUGUAUGGCAGUUGAGUAAAACGGGGACUUUGUGAAAGGACCUUAAGUACAGCUGUCCAUGUAUGGGAGUGUCCAUUAGGAGGGUUGCAACUGUAUUUAUGAUCAAAAUUUUAAACUAAUUCCAUACCAGUAAAUAACAAAACAUGUUUUGAACUCUUUGUUGCUGAUACAUCAGUGUUGUAGCCCUCUGAAUGUGUUUUACCAAGACUAAUGGUACACAAUGUAACAGUUUGUAUUCUUCACAAUGUAUUUUUGGGUCUGUAAUGGUUGGACAGGACUAAUCAUUUCACAGCUUUUACUCAUUUCUUUUGUUUAUUGUUAUAGUUGCAUUCAGUGGCCUGGGUUUUCUCUCCCUUUACUUUGCUGGAAAGCUUCAUUGCUUUCAGGCGCAGGGCCGAGGACAAGGAUGGAAGCUGUGUGUUGCUUUAGUUCCAGUGACAUGUGCUCUGGCUCUUGCACUUACUAGGUAUUCAGAUUAUCGACAUCACUGGCAAGGUACAGGCCUGAGUAUCCCACUUUAUUGUAGAGUUUAGGACACUUUCGGUAAUUGAACUGGUUCUCAACUUUCAACUUUUCAACUUCAACUUUAUUUAAAUUUGGAAAUAUAACAAAAGAUACAUUGGGACUGGCCUGCAGUUAGCGAGGCUAUUCGAGGCAGGCCAGGCUACAUAAUUUACUACAAACUAGACAAAUACAAAGAAAUUAGACAUUACAUAAGUAUAUAUAUUUUACAUUAAAUAGAUACUAUUCUACUUAAAUGCAAGGACAAUAUUACAGUGGAAUUUUAAAAAUAAAAUAAAAUGAAAAUAAAGGACAAGAGAAUUACUUUUUCAUUUUCACGAUGAUCGUAUCCAUAUCAAUAUAGGAGUCUUCAGUUUCAAGGAUAUCGAGUAGCAUUUCUUUUAGUGAUCUUUUAAAAUCUUUUUUCGGUCUUUCUUUAAGGAUUUGAGGUAUCCCAUUCCAAAUUUUGACCCCAACACGUGAAAAAGCAUUUCGUUUGACAUUGAGUCGAGAUUCUUUAGUAUAAAAAUGUUCAGAGGUUGAGGCACGUGUGUUGUAAGUAUGAACACUAGAAAUUCGAGAGAAGAGUUUCAACAUAUUACCUGGAGCAGUGUUUUUAUUUCCAUCAUACAUGAGACUACAAACGGAUUCAUAAUAUAGAGACUGUAAGGGUAGAAUUUUUGCAUUGACAAAAAAAGGUAUUGCGUGGUCGUUUGUUUGAGCAAACAAAUCCAGUCAGCUUGUCAAUGAGAAAAAAAGCCUCUUUUGAUGGAUGCCAUUUUUUGCAUACAUAUUAAGUGAUACAACCAACCCAUGGUAUUGUUAUUGACCUUAAAGAUUUCCUCUUCUUUUUUUAAAUUUAUUUGCAAAUAUUUUGAGGCAUACUCUUCAGGUGUAUGAUCAAAACAUAACCUUUCCAUUGUUUGUCCAUUUUCAGAUAUUAUUAUUGGUGGAAUUCUAGGUAAGUGCAAUAUUAAUUUUGAGGGCAAAAGAGUGUUUGCUUUAGCCUGUUGCAGGCUUUCAGAUAAAGGGGAUGAUGCAAAGAAAAGUGAGCAGGAAGAAACAGGGGGGAGGGGUGGGGUGGGGUUCCCUCCUUACUCACUCUCCCUUUUUUCUACUUUUACCACUCCGCUCUCUAUCUCUUGCCACUCUACACAAUCUGAACGCCAUGGAAAAUAUCCGUGAAUCUCCUUUCUUGUUGAACGAUCAUGAUUUUUUAUUUUUUUUUAUUUUAACUUAUUCACCCCUGGAAAUCUUGCCGAUCAAAGGAAUGGUAGGUGGGUAGUGGGACAUGGAAAUUUUCAGGGCAAUGUAUCAUGGUUUUUUGCCUUUUUCUCCGGUGUCCUUGACUGAAUUGUGCUCAACUUGGUAUGGUUUGAAAGAUCUCUUUACUCCUCAAAAGUUAGCGGACAAAGUUGUCCUUGAACUGAUGACGUCACAAGUGGUAGAAUGGACGUGAAUCCGCACGGGCGGAUACGGGCGGCUCAGGGGUGAAUAAAUGUUAAAGUUACUUUUCUUGUAAGUUUACGUGACUGUUCUUUAUUUCUUCCAUACAGGCCUGUUCUUUGCUUAUCUUUGUUAUCGGCAGUACUAUCCUGCUCUUAACAGACCUCACUGUCACAUGCCGUACUGUGCCAUCACACCAAUUAUCAAGCACGUUGAUGAACACGAUCAUUUAUUACCAAUGACUGUUAGGGAAAUUAAAGCAGUACAUCCUGUUGUGGCGAAAUCACUUUGACGAUCGUCAAGUACCACAUCCUUUUAUUAGAGUUUCAUCAUCAUGCGCAUAUAUUUAUUGUAGUAUAAUUAUUCUGGGUAUUGAAAAGGGACCUCUUAUUCCAUACUGCAAUGUAGGACACAAGGUCAUUGGUUAUUUUAAUUAUAACUAUGAAACAGAAUAAGAUGUUAAUUAAGUUGACGUCUGAUACACCCCAACUGCUGUAAACAUGUACUGUGCUCAAGACGUUUUCUUUUACUACAAUAAAAGAUUAGUAAGAUACUACUUAAAAGAAUGGACUCUGAUACACAACUGGUACAGGACAAAGAAAUUUUUCCACUAAUGCCUACACUGACUGUUUAUCAUGAUUGUUUCAAAUGAUUGUUACUGUACAUUAUUAUUCAUUCAAAAUAUUUCUCCGUUUCUCAUUGUCUAAAAUCCCACGGAUAAUUCAGAGGGUCUCGAUCUCCAUAAUUCUUCAGAUGAUAAUGAUACUGACCUACCAAGUGUCUUUCUAAAGGAGGUGUCUGCUAUAGAGAGUAAAAGAAAUGACUGAAUGGCCUGGACCGAGGGCUUCAGUAUAUGCCUGUGUUAGGAACGUGUCCGUCCUGCCGGCAGGUGUCUUAUAGAC